CAGCCGAUCGGUCGGUGGAUAGCAAACGCGACGCGAGCCCAAUAAACGAACCCACAGAAAGUGCAAGUGUGUGUGCAUAGACAGCGAAGAAAAGAAAAUAAAAAUGAAAGCUUUCAUUAUCGCCGGUGUGUGCGUCUUGAGCGUGCUGAGCCUGGGAUCGGCUCAAUUCCAGAACGGACGCCUUGAGCCACCAAAUCCGCAGCUCUGCGCUCAGCGCAUCAUCCACGAGAAGACCCCCGAUGGCAAGGGCUACUUCUUCUCGUGGCGCGACCCUCAGCUGAAGGGUGUGGAGGAGGACUGGCUGACGGCCAGGAACUAUUGCCGCCGUCGUUGCAUGGACUCCGUGUCGCUGGAGACGAGCCUGGAGAAUGAAUGGAUCAAGCAGCGUGUUGUUGGCGAGAAUGUGAAAUACAUCUGGACCAGCGGCCGCUUGUGCGACUUCAAGGGCUGCGAUCGCCCCGAUCUCCAGCCCACGAACAUCAACGGUUGGUUCUGGACCGCCACUCUGCAAAAGUUGGCCCCGACCACGGAGAGGUCCCAGGGUGACUGGUCGCCCACCGGUGGUAUUGGCCUGCCCCAGCCGGAUAACCGUGAGUUCAAGCAGAACGGUGCCCCGGAGAACUGUCUGGCUCUGCUGAAUCAGUUCUACAACGACGGUGUCAACUGGCACGACGUGGCCUGCCACCACAAGAAGUCCUUCGUCUGCGAGGAGAACGAUGCUCUGCUGAAAUAUGUGCGCUACACGAACCCCAAUCUGCGCAUCUGAGCGAAGGAAAGGUCCUCGAGGGCGGACGGAUGGAGCAGCGACUCUCCGAGCAAAACCAAAAAUGAUAUUCUCUAAAAAUGCGGCGUUAUGCUGCUCCUGAUAUUUCUCCAACUACUCUGCGGAGUAUGAUCUGUCUGUCAAAUGCGUAGAAUUUUCUGGAUAAAUUGCUGCAUGUCAUAAGAUCCUUUUUCCUGGUAACAUCCCUCCCAUUCUCUGUCUCAACUAGUUUAAUUUUUAAUUUUGUAUUAAUUUAUGAUUUUCUUUAAUUAUAAUAAAACAUUCGAACAUUCGACAUACAAAAGUAUGUGACGACUUUAA